AUGCCCUUGAUUCUGAACCCUGCUCACGAGAUGACAACACUAAACACCGUCGUUCGAAGAUGCAUUGCGGCUGCUGACAAACUUGGAAAGCAUCAUGUGAUACUGACAACAGACCAGGCCUUGUAUUACAAGCUGUUGGAAUUAAAAUGGUGUUCGGAAGAGAUGCGAAGCAGAGUUAUUCUUAGGAUGGGCGGACUUCAUGUAGCUAUGAACUUCCUCAAGGUUAUCGGAAAGCGGCCUCAUCGAAAUGUGGCUAGAAAGCGGACUAAUGGGAUGAAGGCUCACAAGAUUACGCUUCAAGCUAUAUGGCAGAUUUUAGCUCCUCAGAUCGCGUCUUCCCUUGAAGAGCAUGGCGUCGAUUCUACAGAGUUCAUGCACAUAUCGAAGGAACCCUUACAGUUGAAAUGUUUCCUUCAAAGCGAAAAUAACUUGCAAUUAUUGUCUGAGUUUGUAGAAAAGAAGUCCAAAGAAAGUCCUUUUUUCGAAUUUUGGUGGUCCUAUAUGGACAUGAUCUUGACGCUACUAAUGUUUACGAGUGGAAUCCGAGAUGAAAAGUGGAACACAUAUCGAGCAGCUCUAACAGAAAUGCUUCCAUUCAUCGCCCGAUAUAACCACGGAAAUUACUCCAGAUCUCUAACAGUGUACAUCUGUGACAUGAAUCAGUUGCCGUCCGAGGUUGAAGGAGAGUUCUUGAAUUGA